AUGGCCAGAUCGACCCGCUCUAAACCUGGAGCUUCGAAUACGCGUAGCCAGGAGUACCAGUCGCUGGCUAACGAUGUUUCCGACGAUGAACGCCCAUCAACAAGAUUGAAUGACGGAGCCCGACCAAAUAAUCGCGGAGAUGGCGGCACAAUACACGAUCCCUACCUCGACGAUCUCCUUUCUAGCGGCGAAGAUUCCUCAACCGAAGACGACGCGAACUUGAAACUCCUUCCAUUGGAUCAAGUAACAGAGUCGGGCAAACCUCGCAAUCGAGUCCAAUUCACCUCCGAGCCUAGCUUCGCGAGCGCCGCAAGCCCUAUACCCGGCGAUGAAUCCGGCGAACCGCGUGACGUCGGCAAAGCUAUUGAGUACAUGUUGGAGAGGGAGCAGGAUAUACUGGCUCAAACAUUCAAUGAAGACCUGGACCACAGUACCUCGCACCUUAUGCUGAGUGACGAUGAUAGUGAUGACUAUGGAAUUCCGUCACAUAAGGGCCGAGGCGCUGCGCAUUACAAGGACAAGGACCAGAGCUGGAAGGCCGGAAUCAAGUCCCUGCUGCGAAUCAAGGCAUGGUGGCAUGUUUUUCCGCUUGUCGUGGUUGGUUUACUUGUGAUGUGGCUCGCGAUGAAGGGUUUGCCAUGGGUAUUAGGCAAGAAAGCGGCUAAAGAAUAUUCGUCUGUCCCAUGGUACCCGACACCCCUUGGAGGAACCAAUCCUGCAUGGAGAGAAAGCUAUACUAAGGCCCAUGAACUUGUCGAGCGAAUGGAUUUGGUGGAGAAGGUAAAUGUCACAACUGGCACGGGAUGGCAGAUGGGGCUUUGUGUUGGGAAUACGGGACCUGCAGAGUUCGUCCAAUUUCCAUCGCUCUGCUUACAGGAUGGUCCGCUGGGUCUUCGGUUUGCAGAUAACAUCACUGCAUUCCCUGCCGGAAUUACUACCGGCGCAACCUGGAACCGUGAUCUCAUGCGGGAGCGCGGAUUUGCACUGGGUAAAGAGGCUCGUGCAAAGGGGGUUAAUGUUAUUCUCGGCCCGUCCAUGGGGCCAUUGGGAAUGAUGCCCGCUGGUGGUCGCAACUGGGAGGGCUUCGGCUCAGAUCCCGUCCUUCAGGGCGUGGCCGCUGCGGAGACCAUUCGUGGUAUCCAACGCAAUGGCGUUAUGGCGACAGCUAAGCACUUUUUGAUGAAUGAACAGGAACACUACCGCCAACCGAAUGACUGGGGCACCGAAAAUGCCAUCUCAUCUAAUAUAGAUGAUCGCGCACUGCACGAAGUUUUCGUCUGGCCAUUCGCCGAGAGCGUGCGUGCCGGCGUCGCGAGUGUUAUGUGCUCUUACCAGAAAGUCAACAACAGCUAUGCUUGUGAGAAUAGCAAGCUUCUCAAUGGCAUCCUCAAGGACGAGCUCGACUUCCAAGGAUUCGUGCAAUCCGACUGGCUUGCUCAGCGCUCCGGCGUACAGAGUGCAUUAAGUGGCCUCGACAUGAGCAUGCCCGGUGACGGCGCAUACUGGGUAGACGGGGACUCGUUUUGGGGGAUGCGCUUAACACAAGCAGCCCUCAAUACCUCCGUCCCCAUGGAGCGCCUCAACGAUAUGGUCACCCGUAUUGUUGCAGCCUGGUACCAUUUCCGCCAGGAUACGUGGGAACAGCCUCGGCCGUUAGGCGAAGGUGGUCCAAACUUUUCUUCUUGGACCGACGAGAAGAUGGGAGGGUUACAUCCCGGUAGCGAAGACGACGAGACCCAUGAAGUGGUCAACCGUUACGUGGAUGCUCAAGCAAGCGGAUCUAAGUCGCUGCCCCAUUCUCUCACGGCCCGGAGGGUAGCCGCAGAGGGAACUGUCCUCUUGAAGAACGUCAACGACACCCUCCCACUUUCGCGCAGUGCCACUGGCCCCAAAGGACAUUAUCGCGUUGGUAUCUAUGGCGAGGAUGCUGGUCCUGGUGAUGGCCCCAAUGUUUGCGCUGAUCGCGGGUGCAAUCAAGGUACACUUGGGUCUGGUUGGGGAAGCGGCGCGGUCAAUUUCCCAUAUCUGGUCAGUCCUUGGGAAGCUCUACAGCGUGCAUGGCCUGCGGAGACCAGCGACGUGCGGGGCUUCUUGGGAAAUGAUGUUGCUCUUAAGAAUCUGGUGGAUCAAGAUCUCUGCCUUGUUUUCGCGAAUUCCGACGGAGGCGAGGGCUUUAUUCGAGUCGAUGAUAUUCGUGGAGAUCGCAAUAAUCUCGACCUCCAGCACAGUGGUGCUCAACUGAUUGAUCGGGUUGCUAAGCACUGUGGUGGUGGCGUCGGCAGGACAGUGGUCGUGAUACAUUCUGUCGGCCCCGUCGUGAUGGAGUCUUGGAUUGAUCUGCCUGGGGUACACGCCGUUCUUUAUGCUAACCUUCCCGGGCAAGAGAGUGGCAAUGCUCUGACAGACGUACUGUUUGGUGAUGUUGAUGCCAGCGGUCGGUUACCCUACACCAUUGGCCGAUCACUUGAAGACUAUGGCCCAGGUGCUCAAGUGCUCUAUGAGACCAGAAGUAACCAACCGGAAGUCACCCUCGAUCAAGGUCUCUACAUUGAUUACCGGUAUUUUGACAAAAAGAACAUCACACCACGCUACGAGUUUGGUUUCGGCUUGUCAUACACCACUUUCAAUAUUUCAGCCCUCGAAAUCCAGCCUCUGCAAGAGAAGUCUCGGCUACCCUCACCACGCCCAAAUAACGAGAUUGAUCCUCCACAAUACGAUACCAAACCACCGACAGAGUCUUCAACCAGAUACCCGUCCGGCUUCAAGGCUUUAGCAAAAUACAUAUACCCCUACAUCCGUGACGGAGAGGGCACUAAACCCGGCUCUUACCCAUAUCCAGAGGGCUACAACGAUCACCAGCACCCUUCCGACGCAGGCGGCGGACCGGGCGGCAACCCAUCUCUCUACGAAGCUAUGCUGGAACUCUCGCUCCAGGUCAGCAACACCGGCUCGCGACCAGGCAAAGAGGUUGUGCAGGUCUACCUCUCAUUCCCGGAACGCGUCGCCGAACACCGCGGUCUGGGUCAGCACCGCGAGGAUAUAGAGUUCCCCGAUCGCGUUCUCCGGAACUUUACCAAGGUCGCCCUUGAUCCUGGCGAGAGCACGACCGUCCAGAUGACCUUGUCCCGGAAAGAUCUGAGUUACUGGAGCGUGCGUGCCCAGAACUGGGUGAUGCCUACUGAAGGCACAUUCCAAAUUUGGGCUGGACGGAGUUCGCGGGAUCUGCCGCUGAUGGCGGAGUUUUGA